AUGGCGAGCCCGUCCACGACGCCCCGGUCUACGAUCGCGGCGGAGACAGUCCCCGUAGCGGAGGGGACACCGGCGGCGGUGCUGCCGCCGCUCGGCUCAAUUGCGUCCUUGUACGUGGGCGACCUGGCUGCGAGCGUGGACGAGACGCAGCUCCACGCGGUCUUCAGCCAGGUCGCGCCGCUCACAAGCGUGCGCGUCUGCCGGGACAUCGUCAGCGGCGUCUCGCUUGGCUACGGCUACGUCAAUUUCUACUCACGCCAGGAAGCUACUCGUGCACUAGAAGCUUUAAAUUUUACCCCAUUGAGUGGAAAGUAUAUCCGGGUUAUGUUCUCUAACCGGGAUCCAAGCCUGCGUAAAAGUGGACGUGCUAACUUGUUUGUAAAAAACCUUGAGCCUAACAUUGAUAGCAAGAAUCUGUAUGAGAUCUUCUCCUCCUUCGGCACCAUAUUAUCAUGCAAGGUGGCCACUGAUUCAGCUGGUCAGUCAAAAGGGUAUGGUUUUGUACAAUAUGAGACUGAGGAAUCUGCUCAAGAUGCAAUUAACCGACUUAAUGGUAUGCUAGCAAAUGACAGAGAAAUGUUUGUGGGCCUACACAUGCGCCGACGGAACAGAGAAGUCAAGUUCACAAAUGUAUAUAUAAAGAACUUGCCCACUGAAUUCAAUGAUGAUGAUCUUCGCCAGGAGUUUGCACCAUUUGGUGAAAUUACUAGUGCUGUGGUCAUGAGGGAUGUUAAUGGUGUCUCUAAAUGUUUCGGUUUUGUAAAUUUUGAAAAACCAGAAUGUGCUAUAGAAGCAAUUAAGAAGGCCAAUGGAAAGGUAAUCAAUGAUAAGACCUUAUAUGUUGGAAGGGCUCAAAAAAAGGCAGAAAGACAAGCCGAGCUGAAAACAAAAUUUGAACAAGCAGGCAGAGAUAAGAAAGUUGACAAGCCUAAUGGUAUUAAUUUGUACUUGAAGAACAUUGAUGAUAGUAUAAAUGACGAAGGGUUAAAAAAAUUAUUUGAAGAAUUUGGUCAAGUAGCUUCAUGCAAGGUCAUGGUUGAUGCUCAAGGAAGGAGCAAGGGUUCUGGAUUCGUGUCGUUUGCUACUGCUGAAGCUGGCCAUAGUGCGAUAAAUGGAAUGAAUGGUAGGAUUGUUGGAAAGAAACCGCUUUAUGUUGGUUUAGCUCAACCUAAGGAGGAAAGAAGAGCCAUGCUAAUGGCACAUUUUGCUCAACGUAACCUGGCAAUGGCAGCUUCUCCAUACGCCGGACCUCAGCAGGUUUAUUUUGGUCACCCUGCAUCUGGCCAGAUCCCACCUCAUGGUGCAGUCUUUGGUUUUCCGCAACACUUCCUUCCAGGAAUGGGGACUGUCUCUCCAGUUAUGAUGCCACACAACAUGCAGAGAUCAAGGUAUCCUGGCCAGAGGACGGGUGGUCCUGGUGCAUAUCGGCAGCAGCAGGCGAUGAUCCACGCAAAUGCCAAUCACAGCAUCAGGUACAUGCCGAAUGCCAGACACGGGGCUUACCCUGCAAUGCUGCCUCAGGGCUUCCCAAGUGCCAUGGUGUCGCAGCAACACGAUGGCAGCAGCAUGACUCAUGCUGUAGCAUCUGCUGGACCGGCAGAGCAACAGCAGAUUCUGGGCAACAAGUUGUACGCGAUGGUCGAACAGCUCGAGCGUGAUCACGCUGGCAAAGUGACCGGAAUGCUGCUCGAGAUGGACAAGGUAGAGAUCCUACAGCUGUUGCAAUCUCCGGAGGUUCUCCGGGCCAAAGUCCGUGAAGCCAUGGCUGUUCUACAGCGAACCAAAGACGGAGGCUCCGCCGAUCCUGCUGCUACAACCGCCAAAGCGGAAGGCUCAGCCGAUCCUGCUGCUGCCGCCGCCGCACCAACCGUGAACGCCUGA